GACAGACAGACAGACAGGCAAGCAGAAAAAAUAGAAACAAAGAGACAAAAAUACUCUGAACUUUCUGUUGACAUUCCAACCUUUGGCGUCGAAACGAAAUUGUAUGAUCUUAAAUUAAUUAUCUCUUGACUUCCUCUCUCCUCAGAAAUUUCCCCACUUUUCAUCAGAAGAAAGAAGAAUCUACGCUGCUAUGGUGGCUUCGUUAGAUGAAUCGGUUGGAAACAUUACAAAAGCUCUUAAAAGAAGUGGAUUGUAUGACAACUCUGUUCUCGUUUUCACGACAGAUAACGGAGGCGCUCCACGAGGAUUUAACUGGAAUCAAGGUUGCAAUUAUCCAUUCAAAGGAGGCAAAGACACAUUUUGGGAGGGAGGAGUCCGUGGAGUAGGAUUUGUACACAGCAAUUUGAUAAGAAAAAAAGGUCGAGUCAGUUAUGACUUGAUCGACGUCACAGACUGGUUACCAACCUUCUAUCAUCUGGCUGGAGGUGACGUCAGCAAGAUACAAGAAAGGAUCGAUGGCAUGAAUGUGUGGGAAACCAUAGCGCAUGGAAAGAAAUCUCCAAGGACUGAGGUUCUUCACAACAUUGAUCCCAUUCGUAAAUUUGCAGCCAUUCGUGUCGGGAACUACAAGUUGAUUAUUAACCAGGAUGCUGUUUACAAAACAACGUGGCAUCCGCGGUAUGACGUCGAGGGGGAACUGGAUACUCUACCCCAGCCCUCCACUUUACCCGGUGCAGUUAUUAAUUGCGGAAAGUGGUCAAAAAGGAAAGAAACUGUUUGUAACACUGAUGACUUUCCGUGUUUGUUUAACAUAAAGAAAGAUCCUUGCGAGUACAGAAACCUUGCGCACACUCAUAUUGACAUUGUGGACCAACUUCUUCACAAGCUCAUUGAUUACCAAAAAAAGGCCAGUCCCGUGUGGUUCCCUGAGAGGGACCCCCUUGCGAACCCAUCAAAAAACGGGACCAUUGGAUUUUGGGGCCCUUGGAGGUCGUCAACAGCUAACAAAAUUAUUUUAGAUAACGUCCUUGAUUCCAUACCAUCAGUGAGUGGGAAGAAACACUCUCGUCACACAAACGGCAAAAGCAAUGGGAAGAAAAUGGGAAAAGUGUUUAGCACUCACGAAGAUAGUGACAAAGAGGUUUAUCUGAUGCUGGAGAAGAUUCUCCAAAAGACAAAAGAAGGCAAAAAAGGUCAAAUACCUCGAAACAGCAGGCUAAUGAAAGAAUCGUUAGCUAUGUUGUACGCCAAGAUGAGACAAAAGACCAAGGUGGAUGAUUUGAUGCAUAAACUGCAGAUGAUUAAAAAAGGUCGAGUAGCAAGGAGAAAAGAGCAUACUCCUGUAAAACUUGUCAAGGAACAAACUCGCUCUAGCGCCUUGACCAAGAUGAACUCUUCUUUGGAAUCAAGCAAACUGAAAAAGUUCAUGAAUAAAAAUCAACAAACGGUAGACAAAACAGGGACAAGGCGGACAGAGAUUGAGAAAGUUCAUAUUACAGAUGACAACUCUAUAAAUAAUGGAGUUGACAACCCCUUGGAAAUGCGCAGCAAUUCAAGAGAUGAGGACCAAGAUAUGGAUGAGGCGCCUCCUUUGGACACAAGCUCAGGUUUUGAGGAAGUUGAUCAAAAUGAUCUCGAGAAUGGUGAGCUUAUGGCAGAUAACAGUGAAAAUGACAGAAAUUCAUACGCACAAAUAGAGGAUGAAUAUGAUUCUGAGGUGGAAUCUUCGGGUCAGUCCACGGAGACAAACGAUCAAACAUCAGGGGGGAAAUCUGAGAUGGAAUUUCAGGACAGCGAUGGCAUUAGCGAUGACAUGGAUAACGAUAAUGAUAAUGAUAAUGACGAUGAUAAUGACGAUGAUAAUGCUAAUGAUAAUGGUAAUGAUGAUUUUAUCCGGGACAAUAAUAAAAACUCUGACAUUUACCUUUAAUAUAAUUUUUAGAAGCUAAAAAACUUACCUAGAUCAUAACAAACCUGAUAUUAACGAGGUUAUUUGUAUAAGAGUAAUCUAAUAUAUAACAGGGGCUGUUUAGAAGUCAAUAAGGCUACAGAUUGUCAGGAUAGAUUUGGUGUGCCGUAAGGAGAAGAUUAGAAAGUUAUUUUAUCGUAAGAACUGCUUUUUCACUGGUAAUAAACUCAACAGUUUUAAUCGGUCGUAUACCAUUGAUACAGGUAUUCCGAAAUCUCGCUCGCCGUGUGCUGUCUCUAAAUUUAUUACUGUUCACUUUGCUAGCAUUGCGAUGAGUUUGCAAAGCUUGUUCAAAUUUUAGUGCUUCAAAAGGUACUUUCUACGAAAAUUUACGAGUAUUUCAGAGAUAUCAGUCAGAGGCAUAGCGCCUUGAUAAGGCUUUCACUGGUUUCGAGUUUUUGACGUUUAAAAUUGAGAGAUUUUUCUUUCUUUCUCAUUUCCAGUUCCCCAGCCCCCUAUCUUCUACACACGCUGAUUACAUCAGCCUAGACCUCAGGCUUUACUCCAGGGUGGCGAGUGAGAGACACUGUCUUACUAAAACUAGGGAUUCGUACUCCCCCUUGAUCUAGAGUCAAACGCACUAUUCAUUUAGCCGCUCCAGUAGUAACAUGAAGAC